GAAGUUGGAUGACAUUCCGCAAACAGCUGUAACCAGUAAAACAUUUGUAAACGUUCUUGGGCAUUAUAUUCGUAAUUAAUAAUUAAUCUCAGAAGCCUUAAAUAUCACACAAAUUUAGAAUAUUUUGGUACACGACAAAUAAGUAAAUAAAUAAAAUAGCAAAAUGUCUUAUAUGCUACCGCAUUUACACAAUGGCUGGCAGGUGGAUCAAGCCAUAACAAACGAGGAAGAUCGCGUCGUGGUCAUACGUUUCGGUCACGAUUGGGAUCCAGCAUGCAUGAAAAUGGAUGAAGUUAUGUAUAGCAUUGCAGAGAAAGUGAAGAAUUUCGCUGUCAUCUAUUUGGUGGAUAUUACUGAAGUGCCCGAUUUUAAUAAAAUGUACGAAUUAUACGAUCCCUGCACAGUGAUGUUUUUCUUCCGCAAUAAACAUAUUAUGAUCGAUUUGGGCACUGGUAAUAACAACAAAAUUAAUUGGCCUCUUGAGGAUAAGCAGGAAAUGAUCGACAUCGUUGAAACCGUGUACAGGGGAGCACGGAAAGGCCGGGGUCUAGUCGUAUCACCAAAGGAUUACUCCACAAAAUAUAGAUACUAAAUAUGCAUAGAUAUAUCGUAUAUAUAACUAAAGCAUAUAAUUGAUAAUUCCUACAUAUAAGUCAGUAACCAACUCAUUUCAAUGUUCUAUUUAUCAGCUAAAUGUAGUUUUAAUAAAUAAUGAAUGUAAUAAGAA